AGUUGUAGGACCGAGGAUUGAGCCGGGGUUCGAGGAGGAGUCGGUGUGGGCUGCGGGGAGACUCCGGGGACGGGGGCAUCCGUAAGCCAGGUGCCUCGGGGGCUGGUCCCCCGGUCAGUGCCAGCAGAUGGCUGAGGGGGCCGGGGAGAGGGUGGCACUGCAAGGCCACUUCCAGACAGUGGACCCAGGACUGGCUGAUGGAGAGCCAGCUGAUGCCCAUCCCACCUUUGACCUGGCUGAAGCAGCCCUGGGUGGGGGCCCUCUGUGUAGUCCCAGUUUUCAGCAACAUCAGGAACUGGAGCUGCAAGAGCCGCCAAGACAGGUGCCCCUGGAGUGUGCCAGUGUGCAGGCACGGGGGAUACUGAAUCUGGGGAGGCCUGCCCCACCACUCCUGGCACCAGAAGAAGAAGCCAAGAACAGAAAGCGACCAUGGCCCACCAACGGGCCAAACCUGGGUCCUCCCUUCCCACGGGGGCUAAGUGUCCCAGAUCUGCCAGCUGCCCCUUUCUUGCCAAGUGGUGGCAACAGCAGCCUGGACAUUCGAGCUGGGGGCCUCCAGGACACUCCCCGAUUUCCAAGGACACAGGAACCCCUGCGGGCUGCCCGCCCCACUCCUACCCGCCUGUGCCACCCCACACCUGUUCUAAGCCGGUUGAACACAGAGCCAGUAGAGCCCCUAGCCUCAGAAGGAGCCUGCCCUUGGGCUGCAGGAGGGGGCAAAGUAACGGGGUUAUAUGCCGAACUAGUGAAAGAGCUGGAGUUACAGAUGGCAGAGCUUCGGAGACUGCUAGUCUCCAGGGAAGAAGCAGCCCUACGGCAAGAGAGAAGGAUCCGGGAGUUGGAACUGGAGAAUCAGCAGCUUAAGGGUCAACUGCGGAGUCUAGAAGAACAGAAUGAUCUGCUGUCUAGCACCCGAGGUGGUGCAGGGCUCAAAGCAUCCUCUCCCAACACCAGCCUCAGCUCUGGGACCGGUAGCCUUGAUGUCAACGAAGGCAAUAUCCAGUUCCUCAAGGGCCUGGUGGGGCUACUGGAGAGCAACAUGGCACUACAGGUGAAUGGCCUUCCUGCACCGCUUCCCACGUCACCACCUGUGGAACCCAAGGGAACUCCUGCUGAGGCCCCACGGUCCCCACCAGUUCGUAGGCUUCGAGCAGGACUCCCCAGUGGCUUUCCAGCCUGGUUGAACUCUGAGGAUGGGGUGGGCAGUCCUGCUACACUGAGCGAGGCCACCUGUCUAUGGGAGGAGAAUGUUCAGGAUACACUACCUGAUGGAACCCCAGUAUGGGCAUCACCAGUGGAGGAAAACGGGAGACCCAAACUGGAGCUGAUCCCCAACUCGGGGGUCUACAUUACUCACCACCAGCUAGAUGACCUGUCUCAGGUGUCAACGGACAAGCCCAAGCUGAUGACCAGGCGUAUGCUGGAUUACUUCUUCUCUCGGGAGACGCUGGCCCGCUCCUCUGCCACUGGUCAACGUAUUGCCCAUAAUAACACCACCAUGGAGAAGCCCAUCCGGUUGCCUGUUGCUGUGGUCAACGCCAUCAAAGAAUAUGUCACCAAGGUGUGUGGCCGUGGCUGUAACUUUAAUGCCGUCAUCAACAGCAAGUGUGGGACCUCAAGGAGGGCAGUCAAGAAGAUGAUUGUUAAGAUGGAGUGAGUGGGGUGAGGGGGAGUGGGUGGGCCAGGUCCUGCAAUCUGCUGGCAGAUACAUACAUAUAUAUAUUUUAAAAGCACCCCCCAAGCAAACACUGUACCAUCAGGAUCUGUCUUCAGGAGAGUGGCGGGAACGGAUAAUCAUAUUCUUGUUCUACUGAGGGCUAUGGGAUUGAAUCCUAGUAUCUAGGGUCUCAUGUGAGCUCUGGGGUCCUGGGUCAGCUGGACAGAGAAGAAGCAAGGGAAUGAUUUCCUGGUCCCAUUCCUUUUGGCACUGACGGCUUUGGGAAGGGCAACCAGAGGUGAGGACUGGGAGGCCACAGACUGUACUGUCCCCCCUUGAGGCCAGGGCUCUGGCUGUUUCCCAACUGCAUACUCGUAUAUCCAUGUAUACUCUGUAAGCCAGGUAGAAAGCAGUGUCAAGCUGGGGUAGUGAAGGGUCCGCUCCAUGCAGGUGUUGUGCUGGUCUCUCCUGCCAGAGGAGGGCUCCGACUGCAGAGCAGGCGGGGACUUCUGCAGUCAUCUCGGAGGUCAGAAUUCACGACCAAAACACUUCCUAGACUUUCUUGUACAUAAGCCAGAACAUUUCAAAUAAAGGUUGGAUUAAACCAAGCUUACUGA